UGCCUAGGCCAAACUCCAUCCCAACGGAACCCUCCAAGCUAUGAGACCGCACUUGCGAUUCAUCCAGACGUAUAAUAAUCUGCCUGAAUCAUCAGACGCCUCGAAACAAAGUGCAUAUAAGGGAGGUCCUGAUCGCUGGGAGUUAGUUUUGAACGCGCGCGCGACCAUGUUGCGCCAUAUAGUGUUGUGUCUAGCGGUGUGCGCGUACGCAGCGGCGCACAAGGAACGCCACCACCGGAAACCUAGCACAGAAUCACCACCAACUGGGGAUCCCAUAACAAUAACGCCGUCGGGAGCCAUCCGCGGAUCAUGGAUGACGACGCGGCGCGGGCGGCACGUGCAAGCCUACCGCGGCAUACCCUACGCGGAGCCGCCUACGGGAGAAUAUAGGUUCCAGCCCCCAAGACUGAUCACCAGCUACUCUUCGGAGGUGAACGCGACGGCGGAGGGCCCGGGAUGCCCGCAGCCGGUGGCCACUUCGAACUUCUACAUCGACGAGGAUUGUCUCCGGCUCAAUGUCUACACUACUAACAACCAGAGGAAAAACCCCGUUCCGGUACUGGUGUACCUACACUCUGGUGGAUUCUACUCGGGCUCGGGCCGCAGCGACGUGGCCGGGCCGAGCUACCUGCUGGACCGGGAGCUGGUGCUGGUGGCCGUCAACUACCGCCUGGCCUCGCUCGGUUUCAUAAGCACGGGCGACGAGCACGCACCAGGCAAUAACGGGCUCAAGGACCAAGUGGCAGCCCUGAAGUGGGUGCAGACCAACAUCAGGUCCUUUGGAGGGGACCCAAGCCGCGUCACGCUGGCGGGAUGCAGCGCCGGCGCGUUUAGUGUCAUGCUGCACAUGCUCUCGCCUAUGUCUAAAGGUCUAUUCCACCGCGGCAUCUCCAUCAGCGGGUCCCCUAUAUCCCAAGCCCCGGAGCGCUACCACCAGCGCGAGUUGGCCGAGCGCCAGGCGCGACUGGUGGGCUGUCCCACCACCAGUUCUAAAGAGAUCAUCGACUGUCUGAAGACCAAGGACUACAGGGAGAUUGGUGACACGCUGGACGGGUUCUUCGAUUUCGGCUACGACCCGGUGCUGGUGUGGGCACCUGUCAUCGAGCCCGACGUAGGCCAGGAGCGGUUCCUAGACUUAAGCCCCUUGGAGAUGGUCCAGCAGGGCAAGAUGCAUUCAGUGCCUUACAUCAUCAGUCAGACCACUGGCGAGUUCUUCUGGAAGGCCUUCAAUGUCCUUGCAAAUGAAACGUACACAACUACAAUGGACAAAGAAUGGGACCGAAUUGCUCCCAUCUCGUUUAUACUGCCAAAGGAAAAUGCCGCGGAAAAGGCUCAGAAGUUAAGGCAAGAGUUUUUGGGCGGCAGACAGUUAGUGAAUGAUUCGUUCACCGCAGAUGGACUGGGGAAGCUGUAUGGAGACUCGAUCAUUGGGUUCGGAGUUCAUCGCCUGGCGAACCUGAUGUGCAAGCACUCGCCGCAUAAAGUGUACUACUACGAGUUUGCACAUGUUGGCAACAGCAGCCACUACAUCGACCCCGAAACCGGUUGUGCCGUCAAGGCGGCGCACCACGACGACCUGAUCUACUUAUUCUCACUGCCGGCCGCCUUCCCGCUCAUACCGCCGGCCGAUACCAAGGACUCGCACGUCGUCGACAAGAUGACGGCUCUGUACUACAACUUCGCCAGGAAUGGUGACCCGAACCCAUCAGGCAGCAGUUCCGAGCUGGGCAGCCUGCACUGGCCGGCCAUGACGCCCGCCACGCGCCGCUACCUGCGAGUCGGGUCCUCGCUCGAUGUACGCGAGAACUUGUUCGAACACCGCUUCCGCGUGUGGAAUCGCCUGUAUCCUAUAGAGAACUAGUUAAGUGCUGCAGUAUGUUCACACAUUUCUAUAAAGUUAACUAUCCCCUAGUGACUUGACUUAAGGUCCUAUGUCCCCUAGAUGGGGCAGAGGGCGUCCACAACAGUCCUCCAUCUCGUUCGGUCUUGAGCUUCGCGCUUCAUAUCGCUCCAAGUCUUGCCGAUCUAUCCUCUAGUAACUCAAAAUUAUUAAAGUCCGGUCGCGCAGCAGAUAGAAUGUCGUACAAUGACCCCAAGCUACCCAUCCUUUUCGCUCGCGCGUAAUUAUAUUGCUGUCGCGACUGAGAGACGGGCGGCAGUGAG